AUGCAGCUGCGCUGGAGCGGCCACCUGGUGCGCAUGGACGACGAGCGACUAGCCAAACGACUCGUCUACGGAGACGUCGCCACGGGUUCUCGCCGUCAAGGAGGCCAGAUUCGCCGUUACAAGGAUACCCCAAAGUACUUCCUGAAGCGCCUGCAAGUCAACGUGACCAACUGUGAGGAGAUCGAACUCGAUCGACCGACCUGAAGGAGGACAGUGAAGACAGGCGCUGCUAUCUACGAAGACAACCGCAUCGCUGCCGCCAAAGCGAAACGCGAAGCCCGCAAAUCACAACUUCGUCCAGUACUCAACGCCGCCGCACAACCGCUUCCAACGUGUCCCCGACGUCAACGGACAUUCCAGGGUCGAAUCGGACUUGUUGGACAUCUUCGGAUCAAUUGUGCCUCUCGAACUGCACCAACCAUCGUCCCCCCGCCCGCUUCUUACUCCUCUCCGCCGCCAACUAACUCUGACAAUUCCUCUGAACCACCACUUCCACCCUCCUCCUCCUCCCCCUCCCCCUCCUCCUCCUCCUCCUCCUCCUCCUCCUCGUCCACUGCUCCAACGACGGCCGCUCAGGCGACUGUUCCGCGAGCAACAGCCGACACUACCACCACCUCCCCCGUCUCCAACGAUGAGGAUCAAACCUAA